UGACUCACGUUCGCCGCUAAUCGCUCCGUCCAGCUCUGUCUAAGCCGCAGCUCUCGAACGUUCGAAUCCGUCCAAGAUCUUUCUCAUGAUAACACGUCUUGAUUCACACUUGGCACGAACGCGCGAUCCUUCGUUUUGUCCUGAUACUUACCCGCGUCUGAAACCGAGAUACGAGGCAACGGAGAAGAUGCGAAAUACGAUUUAACAGAUAUAACAAUUUUGAAGGUGCCAUUCGUUUGCCGGCGAAAGGUCGCGGUGCGUCGCAGCACGUUUCAACUCACAUUCUCGUCUUCUCGUAGUGUUUCGAGAGUAUCGUGGACUGCCGAAAGUGAAGUGUCGACGUACGUUCGUACCAACAUCCGUCGUGUCGAAUGCAUGGUGCGAAAUCGUGUCGCAUUCAAUCGUGUUUCGCAGCUUCUCCGUUGCCUCUUAUUUUGAGUUUCCGACACGCGUGAGCACCGGAAGGGUUUCGAGAGUUCCGAAAACAAAAGCUCGCGCGUUCGUGGCAAGUAUGAAUCAAGACGAAUCGUCGUGAGGAGAAUCUUUGAUUCUCUGUGUCACUCACAAUCAGAUGACAAUGGACGGUCGGUCAGGACGGCGCGAAGUCGCGUCGCGUGUUCAAUCGCGUCUUUCCCGUUGCUUCCAUAUCUUGAGUUUCCGACGGGCAUGGGAGCUGAAGAUGCCGAAAACGAACCGUCGCGCGUUUGUGCCAAAUAUGAAUCAAGAGGAGGUAGAUCUUGGAUCUUCGAAAGCGCGGCUGAGACUCGUAUCUACUAUUUAUUCGCCCCUACAAUUCGGUAUUCGCGCCUCGUUUUUAUUGCAUUUGCGUAAAUUGUCGUCGGUAUAGUGUGAUGAGUGAAUCGUGCGAAAGCGAUUAGGACAGGAACGAUUUGAAGUUUGUGUGCGAGUUUGGCGCUCUUUUCGUCAGGAAUGCCAACAGUGCUUUUCGAGGUCUAACUUCUACAUUGUAGUGUAUGUCCACGUUGUAGAGAUAGCGUCUCGAUCGCGCAUCUGACGUAUCCCUGCUCUAUCAGCUGAUUCGUUAACCUCAUUGAGAGGUACUUUAAAACUCGUUUUUUAUCUUGAGUUUAAAUUCGAAGCAGCGUAAAUAACUGCAUUAACGAUGUGAAAUAGGUGCCUGACACGAACGACAGUAAUAGUAAUCGUGCAAGAAAUAAUAAUUCGGAAAAAUCAUGGCUGCAAGUUUUAUGAUGCGAAGAAGCCUACGUUCCAUUGGCGUUUAUUGUUACGCAUGGAGCAGAUCGAAGAACCUGAAGCACGUUGGAGCAGGAAUCCUAACAGGGUUCGCGGCGUACAGCGUGUCCAGGAAAAGCCAGAACGAUAUGAGAACGAAAAUGGAAUUACUGGUGAUGAAGACUCAGGCGGAUUUCUGUAGGGCGCUUGAGUCCCUAGAAGAAGACAAGUCUUUCAAGGUGGAUCGCUGGACCAGGAAGGAAGGUGGUGGCGGGGUCACCUGUGUGUUGCAGGAUGGAGAGGUGUUCGAGAAGGCUGGCGUUAAUGUUUCCGUCGUGACCGGCGUGUUACCGCCAAACGCGAUUCAACAGAUGAGAGCACGCGGCAAAAAGCUGGAGGACUCGGUUCCGUUCUUCGCGGCCGGCGUGAGCGCCGUGAUUCACCCUCGCAAUCCCAUGAUCCCCACGAUUCAUUUUAACUAUCGCUACUUCGAAGUGAAGAAUCCGGACGGUACGACCCAAUGGUGGUUUGGAGGCGGCACGGAUCUCACCCCAUACUAUCUGGACGAGGAAGAUGCUAGUCACUUUCACAGAUCGCUGAAAGCCGCAUGUGACAAGCACGAUCCCACCUACUAUGCCAAGUUCAAGGAGUGGUGCGACAAUUACUUCAACAUCGUGCACCGAGGGGAACGGCGAGGCGUGGGUGGGAUAUUUUUCGACGACCUCGACACUCCGAAUCAGAACGAGGCGUUUCAGUUUGUCACCUCUUGCGCCGAAUCAGUCAUUCCUUCAUACAUUCCCUUAGUAAAGAAACACAAAAACGACGGUUACGGAUAUCACGAGAGGCAAUGGCAAUUAUUGCGUCGCGGUAGAUACGUCGAAUUCAAUUUGAUCUACGAUCGCGGCACCAAAUUUGGCCUGUACACGCCCGGUGCGCGAUAUGAGAGUAUACUCAUGUCUCUGCCAUUGAACGCCAAAUGGGAGUACAUGCACGAACCUAAAGCUGGUUCGAAGGAGUCGAAACUUCUGGAGGUGUUGAAAAACCCGAAGGAUUGGUUGGGCGAAGCAAAGUCGAACAACACACGAGCGUAGAUCUCGGAGCAAUUUUCAAAUAUGAAAAAUUAUAAAAAGGUACGAGGUAACAUUGCAAAUAUAAUUUUUUUAGUUCAUAAGAUCUAAAAUGAUAAAAAUAUACAAAUCAAUAUUUUGAAAGUCAGUUAAUACGCGAUCAUAAUAAACUUGAAAUAACUUUCAAUUGCGAAAAAUUACAGGAAGGUACGAAGUAACAUUGCAAAUAUAGAUUAUCUUAAGCAAAAUCUGAAAUGAUAAAAAUAUACAAAUCAAGGACCUAUAUUUUAAGGAUUGUUAAAUACGCGAACGUCGAUCGUAAUAAUCUCGAAGUAAUUUUCAAUUAUGAAAAAUUACAGAAAAGUGCAAGAGGUAAUAUUACAAAUAUAGAUUAUCUUAGUUCAUAAGCGAGAUUUAAAAUGAUAAAAAUAUAUAUUAUAAAUCAGAUCGAUAUUUUGAGAGUCGGUUUUAUAGGUAUACAAACUAGCUUGCAAUAUUUCGUUAAAGAUACCGAAAAUGUUAACAGGUGAGUCAAGUGAUGUCGAGGUGUUUUAACAUCAAUUGAAUGUGAUGCUUGGAGUGCCAAAUACUAUAACUAUGUUAUAAAUGAUCGUCUAGAAAAUAAGCACAAAUUUUGUACAAUAUACAUGUAUUAAUUAGCAACUGGUUUUGUAUACAAUCGUACAUCGAAAUUUAUAUUUCUUAAAAAGAAAUCAAUAUAAAAGUAAAAAUAAGAAUGAAGAAAAAGAAAAUGUAGUACAUAAAGUCUCUCUAGCAAGCUGCUUUAACGCGCUUAAUACCAACUACAUUUAUUCUAAAAAACUUAAAUAAACAUUAUUUACAAUAUAAUACCAGGCAAAUCGUUGCCC